CAGUAGUGAUGCUGAAGGUGAAGGUCAUACAGAAGAUGAUGCAAAAAGUGAUAAUGAAGAAGACAAUAAAAAUGAUAAGAGUAAUGAAGGAAGCAUUGUGACAAAAACCUCUAAAUGGGUUAAUCAGUUCUCUAUACCUGCUUUUCUUCAAGAAGUAUCCCAAGAUAUUAUAAACCAAUGUGUCAUUUUAGCAUCUAUUACACAAGAUACUAAAUUUGACAAAAUUGAAAUUAAUCCAACAAAAAAAAUUGCAACACUUAAGAACAAUUAG